AUGAUUUCAUUUCAAGCUUUCAUUUCACUCAAACAUUAUUUUUUAUUUAUCACUCUCAAAUGUAUAUCUCUAGUUGGUUGUUUAAUACAAAUGUUUUGCAUUCAUUAUGUUGGAGCAUUUCAAUCUACUUUGCUUUUGUGGAUGGCACUGGACCGUUACUUUGCAAUUUGCAAACCUCUUUACUAUCACAAAUACACGGAAAUCCCUAACUUUCUAAAGUUUGUUGUUGUGCCAUUAAUCAGAAAUGGACUCCUGGUAGUCACCAUGGUCACUCUGGCUGGAAAAUUGUCAUUUUGUUCAACAAAUGUGAUCGAUCACUGUUUUUGUGAACACAUGGCAUUGGUUCAGUUAGCAUGUGGAGAUAUAUCUAUUAAUAACUUGGUUGGACUUUUGACUGCUUUCCUUAUACCAACUGCAGAUUGCAUUCUCAUUACUGCUUCCUACAUUGUGAUUUUUGCCUCUGUGUUUAAAUCUGGUAAGGCCCAAAUAAAGCCCAUAAACACCUGCAUUACUCACAUCAUUGUUAUGUUUUUUACUUUGACUUUUGCCCUGAUUGCAUUCUUGUCAUACAGAAUAAGAAAUAAUUUUUCUCCCAGUAGUCGUGUAUUUGUGAGCACAAUGUACUUACUUUUUCCAAGUUGUUUUAACCCAAUUAUUUAUGGAGUGAGAACAAAAGAAAUAAGACAAAGGUUUCUUCAGUUUAUUAAAAAGGUAUAA